AUGGGCUAUCGCCAAGACUAUAACCCCGAGGGGUUGCCCGACGAGGCCAAGAAGGAUCGCAAUGACCCUCUCGCGGUAACGACCGACGACCUCGAAGGCUCGACACACAUUCUCCAGGACCGUCUACGUCGGUCUCUUUCAGCGCGCCAGGUCCAGAUGAUUGCCAUUGGAGGCACCAUUGGAACCGGUCUCUUUCUCGGCACCGGCAAGUCGCUGGCCACUGGCGGUCCAGCCUCGAUGCUCAUCUGCUACGCCAUUGUCGGCUUCAUCGUCUUUGUGACGAUGCUCAGCUUGGGAGAGAUGGCGGCCUUUUUGCCAGUGGCGGGUAGUUUCUGUACAUUUGCGGGUCGCUUUGUCGAUGACGCUUUUGGCUUUGCCCUGACUUGGAAUUACUGGUUCAACGACGCCGUCUCAACAGCCUCCGAUUUGGUUGCGCUUCAGCUUGUGUUGCAGUACUGGACGGAUCACUUUCCGGGGUGGGCUCUCAGUUUGAUAUUCUGGUUUGUUUUGAUUGCGGUCAACAUUGCUACCGUGCGCGCAUACGGCGAGCUCGAAUACUGGUUGAGUUUGCUCAAAGUCAUUACGAUUGUGGUCUUCAUUGUCAUGGGAAUCGUUGUCAACUGCGGUGGCAAUGCCCAGGGCCAUUACAUUGGUGGUGAAAACUGGCAUAUCCCAGGUGCUCCUUUUGUUGGUGGCAUCGGUGGCUUCGCCUCUGUCUUUGUCACUGCUUCUUUUGCCUAUGGUGGUACCGAAUCCAUCGCCAUUACCGCCGGUGAGACCAAGAACCCUACGAAAACCAUGCCCAAGGUGGUGAAGAAUGUCUUUUGGCGAAUCCUCCUCUUCUAUAUCCUCUCUGUUCUUCUCAUCGGCCUCAACAUCCCCUACGACUACCCCGGCCUCAACUCCAAGAACACACGCACCUCGCCCUUUACCCUCGUUUUCCAAAUGACGGGAGCCAAGGCUGCCGGCAGUGUUAUCAACGCCGUCAUCCUGACCAGUGUUUUGUCGGCCGGCAACCACGCCUUGUUCGCCGGAACAAGAUUGCUCUACACGCUGGCCAUGGAGGGCCAUGCGCCCAAGGUCUUUGGCAAGCUCAACAGACACCAGGUGCCUUGGGUGGCUGUUCUCGCCACUGGCUUUGUUUCUGGCCUCUGCUUCGGCUCCAGCUUCAUUGGCGCGGGCCAACUUUGGAACUGGCUGCAAAAUCUCGUCGGUGUCUCCAACCAGCUCAGCUGGAUCGCCAUCGGCAUCACUUCGCUUCGCUUCCGUGCCGCCAUUGCCCGCCAAGGCAAGACGCAUCUGCUGCCAUUCAAGAACUGGACGUAUCCGUUCGGCCCGUGGAUUGCCGUCGUGCUCAACUCGUUUCUCGUGCUCAUCCAGGGAUGGAGCUGCUUCAGCCCCAAAUUCGACGGCGUCAGCUUCGUCAGCUUCUACAUUGAGCUGCCCAUCAUGCUGGUCAUGUACCUCGGCUGGAAAGUCCUCAAGCGCACCAAGUUUGUGCACCUGGACGAGAUGGAUCUCGAGACGGACGUGCACACGGCGGAAGAGCAGGUGGAGGAGGAGGAGAAGGGAUGGAAGGCAAAGGCAAAGAGCGCUUUUGGAUGGUUGUUUUGA